AUGGCAGGUCUCUCUCUAGACGACGAAGCGGCCGAUCUCGCGCAGAGGACUCUCGAAGUUUUGAGGGAUAGACGCAAACUCCCAGCCAACCUCCAAACCGAACUUCGAAAACAGAUAACGCGCCUCACGACUACCAACUCGAUCGCCAAUUCCAGAGCAUACGAGCACCUGGGCACAGAGUUAUGGAACAGCGUGGCAGCUCCUCUGCAAGAGGAAGGCAGUGACCGGCGCUGGGGUGCAUCGGUCCGUCUCUUCGCUUUCUUGUUACUAGAGACGGUUCACCGUCUUCGUCGUAAUAAGAAAGGCGACCAAACAUGUCGGGUCCUCAAGAUUGGCCUACGCACGGCCAGGCUUUGUCUCGAGGUAGAGGACGUUGAUCUGGCGGUCACCACCUUCGAACGAGUCGCCCUCUAUGCAGACACCGCUUCGGAUGCACCGCUUAUGCAGAUCAGCCAUACCGAGGACAAUCGGCGCACUGAACUCGAGCGCGUGCUGCACGCAUUGACCGGGGAAUACCACCUUCUGCGACUCAUGUGCGAGUGGAAGAGAAACCGCUUAGAUCUGACAGAAUUGUGGUACAAGAAGAUUAAUCUGACCAAACCAGCAGCCGACUUGCACUUGAAGGCAGCUGAUCUCUUUCUCGAAAUUGGCAACUCGCUUUCGGUGCACAGAAAAGGCAAUCAGGCAAUCCAAUGGUUCGAUCGCGCCUUCGCUGCCUUGACUGAAUGCGACCUUGAGACCCAGGAGCAUGCUAGCUACCAGGAGCGAGCUGAGCUAUUCUUGAGCGUUGGAAUUGCCUACGUGGACGAGCUAUCGAAAAGUAGCAACCCUAGCAAUUGGCACCGAGCGUGUGAGGUCGUAGGACAUCUUGAGCGGACGCAAGAGCUACGUACACGCAUUGCAGUCCCUAUCGCAAAAAUCAAGGUACUCGCCUUGAACAACCCGGAUGAUGUUGAUGAGAUUACGGCUGCCCUCUCGCGAAUCACCAAACUUUCAGUGCUUACGGACAGCAAUUUUAAAAUAGUGAUGCAGACAUUCCACAAGGCUUCUGCUGUGUCGCUGCCUUCUACACUAACAGUCCUAAGGUCAUUCAUUGUUUCGCGGCUUCUGCCGGGUCUCGAUGAUACUCGCGUAAGCUGAUCUCGAGCGUACAAGAUUCUGUGCUCCCUGGCUGACAACUCCUCAGGUCUGGCUGGAGAAGGCUACGGUUGCUUACAUUCUGUUCAUGAUACCCAAAACCCCAGGCUCGCCGGACGCCCCGUCUUCUGACCUGAAAGCUCUACUUGACAGCAUUGCGAGCAGUACGAAUCUACGGUUCUCUGCUAGAGCGACGCAUGCGAUUCAAGCAUUGUUCUGGAAAGCUGGCUGGGACUCCUUGCUCCGUCAUACACUUCUAGAGAAUUCUGGCCCCAUUAACAAGGCUCGAAUCGGCAGACGUCUCAUCCAGAAUGCUCUGAACAAAGACCAACUCGAUGCUGCACGAGAAGCCUUCUUCGACAUGCCGUCCGCUGCCCGAAAGGAGCCGGUCAGUCGCUAUCUUGCCUUCAAAUUAGCGCUUCGACUGAAUGAUGAGGAUCUGGCCCUAAGCAGUCUCGCCGUUGUGACAAAGGCUGCGAGGAGUGACCCAACGCACCUUUAUGCCUGUCUACUAGCAGCUACGGAAUCAGAAUCACGACGUUUCGCAGUUGCGGCUCUGGAAGCCCUAUUAGAUCAGAGGCCGAAUGGCGUUUAUCUGCCUUCCUUGUUACGUUGUACUGCGCGACUGCUCAUCAAGGAAGUUGGGAGCGAAGGUAGAGAUGCUAACGAAGUGGCUGAACAAUUGCUUCAAGUCUUUGAAGUGGCCGCAAAGAAUACCGAGGAGAUACGGCAGCUGCCAAACGACAAGUGGCGCGCUGAAGUGCAGUGGUGGAGCAAGAACGCCUACAAUUUAGCGAUCAAGCUCUGCGCACAUGUUCAUCCUGAAUAUAUUCUGAGGAUGCUGGAUGUGUGCACUCGAUUUCUGGAUUGCCACCCCGAUGAUAUUGGCCUUAUGCAGCAAGACGGCCUGGAGAAGCGGAGGAUGAUGUGUUCAUUUCUGUCCACGACUGCGUUGAUUGUUCUGGGCAGGACGGUUGAAGAUAGUCCGGACUACACCACGCAGUGUUUCCUCCACGCUCAGCAACGCAUCUCUUCUUUCAAGACGCUGUAUGCCAAGCUCAGCGAAAGCGUCCAAGAUCCAAAGAGUCAGGAGCGAGCUUUCUCCAUGCUCAAAUUCGAAAUUGAGUGUAUCCUUCGGCUACGCCAGUGGGACAAGCUCAAUGCAGCACUCCAGGCAUGCAUCAACGUGCCGCAUGUCAGUCGUUGGGACACGUUGGCGGACCUGAUCAUCCUCGUGCACGGAGAGCUCGACGAGACCACGCAAGACUCUCACGCCGACAUGAUAAGACAGCUUCUGCAACGGAUCAUCAACGACACCUGGAAAAAGGAAAGAGAAAUCAAGAACGUCGCGAGAUGGGUCCGAUUCGCAUUCACGCUCUGCCUGGAAUCGCACAAUGGCAACGCGAGUGAUUUCUCGCUCCGGCUGUUGCAGCAAGCCGCCGGCAUGGCGGAGAAUGGCUGUAAGGGCAAACACGAUCCAUAUCCCGAGACGGAGCUCCAGUGGCUGGCGACGAUGGGCUUCAAUCAUGCCGUGGAUCUUCUCAUGGAAGGUGGCGAUGAUGUGAUGGCGUGGAUGGACGGUGCUCUCCAGCUCGCCAAGUGGAGCGACGAUAAUGGCUCGUUGCAUGGCAUGCUCACGAGACAAAAGGGCAUGGUCCUGGAGCGUAUGAGUGUUGCCUCGCAAGCUGUGUGA